AUGAAACCGAAUGACAAGAAAGAGUUUCUGAAGUUUGUAUCGUCUGUAAAGUUUCCUGAUGAGUACGCUUCUAAUAUCGCACAUUGCGUUAAUAUUGACGGGGGUAAAUUUACUGGACUUAAGAGCCAUGACUGCCAUGUGUUUACGCCUACUUUCUAUGGGUAUUCGACACCUAUUGCCGGAAGAUGUAGUGAAGCCAAUCAUUUUGUUGUCCAGAUUUUUUCCCAACUGACGGCAAAAACAUUGCGAAAGACAGACAUGUUUCAGUUGCGCCAUGACAUUGUCCAAGUCCUAUGCAAGUUUGAGAUGAUAUUUCCUCCAGCUUUCUUUACAAGUAUGAUGCACGUGAUGGCUUCUCGGAGAGCUAAAAAAAGUGUACGCAAUAGGGCGAAACCCGAAGGAUCAAUUGUAGAGGCUUGGGUUCAAUAUGAGUCGCUUACUUUCUGUGGAAUGUAUUUAAAAGAUGUGGAGACGGUUUUCAAUCGUCCUCAACGCAAUCAUGACGGAGGUAUGAGAAAUGAAAAACUUUCUGUUUUUGCCCAAAGUGCACGACCCUUUGGAGAUCCUGGAUGA